AUGGCUUUCACAUCUGUUCUUAAUGAGGAAAUCGGUCCUCUUCCAGCCAAAGGCCCAAAGACCGGCAAAACCAUCCAAGAGCUUUUCUCUUUGAAGGGAAAGGUUGCCUCCGUUACUGGUUCUUCCUCUGGUAUUGGUUGGGCUGUUGCCGAGGCUUACGCUCAGUCUGGUGCUGACGUGGCUAUUUGGUACAACUCCACUCCAGCUGAGGAGAAGGCUAAGCAAUUGGCCGACAAAUACGGUGUUCGCGCCAAGGCAUACAAGUGUAACAUCAGCGACUACGAGCUGGUGACCAAGACCAUCAACCAAAUUGAGGAGGACUUCGGUGCUCUUGAUGUGUUCGUCGCCAACGCCGGUGUUCCAUGGACCUCUGGUAAGUCCCAUGAGGUUGAAGGUUUGGGUGACUGGCAAAAGAUCAUCGACUUGGACUUGAGUGGUGUCUACUACUGUGCCAAGGCCGUUGGUCCAAUCUUCAAGAAGAACGGCCACGGUUCCUUCAUCAUCACUGCUUCUAUGUCUGGUCACAUUGUGAACGUUCCACAAUUGCAAGCUCCAUACAACGCUGCCAAGGCUGCAUGCAUUCACCUCGCCAAGAGUCUUGCUGUCGAGUGGGCUCCAUUUGCUCGUGUCAACUCCGUUUCUCCAGGCUACAUUCUCACAGACAUUUCUGAGUUCUGUCCCGAUGAGAUGAAGGGUAGAUGGCACUCUUUGAUUCCAUUGGGUAGAGAGGGUGAGACCCAAGAGUUGGUCGGUGCCUAUGUGUACUUGGCUUCUGAUGCAUCUACUUACACCACUGGUACCGAUCUUUUGGUUGACGGUGGAUACUGUGCCCCAUAA